AUGGCGCUCCAGAUCAACGGCGUGGCAAUUGUGACUGGCGCGGGCAGUGGUAUCGGCAAGGCUGUCGCCCUCGCCUAUGCCAUGGAAGGGGCUCGGGGUGUCGUCAUGGCCGAUUUGAACAUCGAGGCUGCACUUCAGACGGCAAAGGAGAGUGAAUCGGUCGCAACGAACCCCAUUUACAAGCCACUUGCAGUGGCUGUCGAUGUGACCGAUGCGGAAAGUGUCGACCGCAUGGUGGCAGCAGCAGUAGAGAAAUUCGAGCGCAUUGAUUAUAGCGUAAACAGCGCUGGAAUCGGCGUCAAGCAUCACAAGCCUGUUGAUGAGGCAGACAUUCCUGAGAUGAACGCCUUCUGGAAGGUUAAUGUGCUAGGAUCACUCAACUGCAUUAAGUCCGUGACCAAGGUCAUGAAAUCCCAGAGUGUCACCACCUUGAACAGCCAGGGGAAAACACGUGAAGUUGGCCGAGGUGUCAUUUUGAACGUGGGAUCGUGCAACUCGUAUAUUGCGACGCCGGAUAUUGUUCCAUAUACGACGACAAAACAUGCUGUGAUGGGUUUAACUAAGAGUGCCGCCCUCGAUCUCGCACCACAUGGGAUACGCGUCAAUGCUAUUUGCCCUGGCUGGGUCAAUACACCUAUGGUGACUGCAGCCAUUGACGGAAACCCAGAUCUCCCUGGCAUGAUGAAAACAGUUAUUCCCAUGUCCCGAAUUGCAGAGCCGGAGGAGGUUGCAGAUGUGGUUUUAUUCAUGACUAGCCCUCGAUCUAGCUAUGUCACUGGAGUUGGUUGGAUUGUAGAUGGCGGAACAACUCUGCAGGUGCAAACUUGUUGA